AUGAUUUGCCUGGUUCUGCACUGUGGUUUCCUGCUUCAUGCCAUUGCAACAUCCAUCACCGUUUAUUAUACAACCUUACCUCUUGCCAGUUCACAGGGACAUUUCCCAAGUCUUGAAAAUGUGGGUGCUUUCAAGAACAUUUCCAUUGUGCCAACCCAAGCGACCUGUGGUUUGCCAGAAAGGAGUACUUUUUGUCAAAGUUCAGCUGUUGUUGAAAGUAUGAACUUCUGUAUUCCGCAAUUUUGUAUUCAGAAGUGUUUGUAUAGGUCAUCUCCUGCUUCCUAUGCUGCCAUUCUCUCAGAAGGCUUGGGGAAUGUUCUCCAGCAAGAUCAAAACGAUGUGCCUCCUGGAUCUUUCAGCAACACGAGUAUUCUUUUUCAUGCUGAAAAAGGUUGUUUUUCCACUCCUUGUCCUCGGAAGCUUGCUGUUUCGUUUACUUUAACUGUAUGGUUGAAACCUGAGAAAGAAGGUGUAAUGUGUAUGGUGGAGAAAACUGUUCAUGGGCAGACUGUGUUCAAGCUUACAAUUUCUGAGAAAGAGACAGUGUUUUAUUAUCGCACUAUAAAUGGGCUGCAGCUACCGAUAAAAGUAAUGACACUGGGGAGAAUUCUGGUGAAGAAAUGGAAUCAUCUUAGCGUGCAGGUGUUUUAUGUUAUAAUCCAGUUCUUCAGCCCUCAGCCUGAAGCAAUCCGAAUACAAAGAAAAAAGCAACCCUCCAUUGGUUGGGAAGACUGGCAAUACUUUGCGAGGGACUGUAGUGUCUUUGGAAUGGAGAAUAAUGGAUCGCUGACAAAUCCAGAUUCUGUAAACUGUGUACAGCUUCCUAGAGACAUUUUUGAAGUAUGGUCUGGAAAAUUUCCUCAACUUCGUAUUCAAUCAGAAUGUCGCUGUCCUGGAAGUCACCCAAGGGUACAUCCUUUGGUUCAGAGGUAUUGCAUUCCUAAUGGUGCAGAUGACACAACUAAUGACAGAGUGCUCAGACUAAACCCUGAAGCUCACCCUUUAAGCUAUGUCAAUGAUAAUGAUAUUGGAACUACAUGGAUUUCAUCUAUAUUUAGCACCACCGAGCAUCUACGUCAUGGAGUAACCAUCACCAUUGACUUAGAAAAUGGACAGUACCAGGUUCAUCACAACAGAAUUAGUUUCUUUAUAAAUGGUUUGGAAGAUGAUGAUACAGCCUUCGAUUCCAGAAUUCUCACAGGGCUAAUAGCAGAUCCCUCUGUUGAUGGUGAAUGGAGAAUUGGGCAAAAUUUAAAUGGUUCAGAGCAAUUUGUCGGGAGGAUGCAAGAUUUCAGAUUGUACCAAAUGGCCCUUACAAACAGCCAUCCUCCAUAUUCCCAUGGAAAUAUUACUUUCAGUGUUCUUACUCCAGAACCAAAUCAUCGGCCAGGAUAUAAAGAUUUCUACAAUACACCAUCACUUCAAGAGUUUGUCAAAGUCUCAACAAUUAAGAUUCAUCUAUUUGGCCAGUAUCACACCACUAUGCCCUGGGUUAAUUUUGGACAUAGAUACUAUGGAAUUGAUGAAAUUACAAUCAGUGGAAGAUGUAAUUGCUUUGGCCAUGCUGAUCAUUGUGACACAAGUCACAGUCCAUACAAAUGUCUCUGCUCUAAGGAAAGCUACACAGAAGGAAACAAGUGUGAUCGCUGUCAGCCACUGUACAAUGACAAGCCUUUCUAUCCAGGAGAUCAAGUUCAUGCUUAUAAUUGCAAACCUUGUCAAUGUUUUAACCAUGCUGUAAGCUGUCAUUACAACAGGACAAUAGAUUACUUUCCUAAUGAAUAUUAUAGAGGUGGUGGUGGAGUCUGUGAUAAUUGUCAACAUAACACUUCAGGAAGAAAUUGUGAGUUGUGUAAUGAUUUCUUCUAUCGGCAUAGAGAUGCGGAUCUGUCCACUUUGGAUGUUUGUAAACCCUGUGAAUGUUACUCAGCAGGAACCAAAAAUGGUAGUCACUUUUGCAAUAAGAGCUUUCAAUCAAGGAAGCAUGUAAUUGAAAAAGUUGUCCUAGAUGUCUUAUUCUUUCUUCCCUUUGUUCUUCCAUUUGAAGGUCUCAUAUGUGAUCAAUGCAAGUCUGGAUAUAAAGUCAUCCAGAAUAUUAAGCAAGAUGGGUGCGAGCCUUGCCUGUGUAACAUCCAUGGUUCCAUGAACGAUUUGUGUAAUCCUUCCACUGGACAGUGCACUUGUAAGGAAGGGGUUAAAGGAGUUCAUUGUGAUACCUGCAUUGAUGGCUUUUAUUGGAUAGAUGCUUUUGGCUGUAAACCUUGCAGUUGUCAGACAGCAGGAUCAGUUUCUGAUGUAUUGUGCGAUCCCAAAACAGGACAGUGUAUUUGCAAGCCUAACUUUGGUGGAAGACAAUGUGAUGAUUGCUUAAAUGGGUAUUAUAAAGAAUGGCAAAACAAUGCUUCGUUCUGUAUGCCAUGUAACUGUGAUAAGUCCGGCUCUGUAAAUGGCUCUUUAGUGUGUGACAAAUUGACAGGACAGUGUCCUUGCAAAUCUGGUGUCACAGCUCAUCAGUGCAAUCAGUGCAAACCUUAUAUGUAUAACCUUACUGCUCAAAAUAUUCUUGGUUGCAUGCCUUGUGACUGUGAUCCUCUAGGGACACUUCCAGGAACAGCAUGUGACCAAACCAGUGGACAAUGUAUUUGCCAGCCUCACCGCCAGGGAAGAAGGUGUGAAAAGUGUAAGCCAGGUUUUUAUAUUUCUGCACAUAGUGAGAGCUGCCUUCCUUGUUUGUGCCACCCAAGUGGCUCGGUCAGCAAUAUUUGUGACACUCUCACUGGCCUGUGUGUUUGCCAUGAUUCUUCUGUAUCUGGGAUGAAAUGUGAUCUCUGCAGUGACAACUAUUUUGGAUUCAACUCAGAAACUGGGAAAUGUCAGCAUUGUAAUUGUCAUCCUGCUGGAGCUAUUAAUUGGACUUGUCAUCCCAUUACUGGACAAUGUAUGUGUAAACAAUUUGCAGCUGGCUUAAAAUGUGACAACUGUGUUCCCAAUGCUAGCAAUUUGGAUGUCCACAACCUAUUUGGCUGCAGUAAAACUCCUUCCCAGCAGCCUCCUCCCGAAGGGCAGAUUGUAAAUUCUUCAGCUAUCAGACUCACUUGGAAUCCGCCCGAUUCUCCCAAUUCAAAUUGGCUUGCUUACAAACUGUACAGAAAUGGGACUCAGAUCUACACAACAGAGAACUACCAUCCUUACAGCCUCCAGGUCUUUGUUGAUAGCAAUUUACUUCCGUAUACCUUCUAUACGUAUUACCUUGAAGCAAGCAACAUCCACGGAUUUACAAGAAGUACUGAGUUGACCUACAGAACACAACCUGGGAUACCUCUAGGAAAUCUGUAUUUAAAUCCAGUCUUUCCUGUUGGACCUUAUUCUAUUUCUUUUAACUGGACAGCCUUAUCCAAUGACACUGGUCCAAUAGAGAAAUAUAUUUUGACAUGCAUUUCUUCAUUUGAACAUCAAUCUUGUGGCCAGCAUGAAAGCUUGGGGACCUCUAUAACUGUCUGGAAUUUAGUUCCAUUUAAAAAAUACAUCUUUUAUGUUCAAGCAUGUACUAAUGGAGGCUGUUUGCUAAGCAAACAACUAUCAAUAGUUACUGCGCAAGCACCUCCUGAGGAGCAGCUACCUCCAGUCAUACGAAAUAUCAACUCUACUGAAUUGGCUGUAGAAUGGGUCCCACCCAGGAAAACCAAUGGUGUAAUUAUUAAGUAUGAAUUAUAUAUGAAAGGAGGUGUACAAUCCAAUGAAAGUCAUGUUUCCCCUGAGAACUGUGUUUUCCAAAGCAAUGGAUGGUUCAAUCUUCAUCCAGUGGAAGAAUCUAUACAUGAGAAAGCUUUGACACCACCUGUAACUAGUACUGUUAUCACGGAUUUGGAGCCAUUCACAGACUAUGAGUUCCGUGUUUUAUCAGCCAAUAUGGCUGGCAGCACAUUUUCAAAUUGGACUUUGCAAAGAACAGCAGAGGCAGUUCUGCUAAUGGUGCUUGGCAAACCCUGGCCAACCAAUUACUUAUCGUUAAAUAUGCUAUACGCUCCCAGACUAGACAUCUUGAGUCUCUUUAUUUUGCAGCCUUUGUAUGUUGCUGAAGCCCAAGAGCAAUCCUAUGUAAUGACGGGACUGGAGCCAUACAGAACAUACUCUUUUACCAUUACUCUCUGCAAUCGAAUUGGAUGUGUCGAUAGUAAGCCAGGAAUGGGACAAACUUUAGCUGCUGCUCCAGUUCUGCUAAUAGCACCCGACACUGAAGGAAUAAACAGUUCUGUAAUAAAGAUAACUUGGUAUGAGCCUGAAGAACUUAAUGGACCUCCUCCAAUUUAUCAGCUGGAAAGAAUAGAUAUAUCUUUAGCAACAUCAGAUGUAAAUGUAAAAAAAGGCAUUCGUUUUCCAGGAAAUGGAUAUUACAAGUUUCCAAAUUCUAUUUUGCCUGCAGACACCUAUUUUACAGGUAUUAAAAUAAGCUUUAAAACGGCAGAAUUAGAUGGUCUACUUUUUCUCUCUAUGUCACCUGGUAAUCAAGAAGAAUACAUUGUCCUUCAGUUGAGAAGAGGCCGUCCUUACUUUCUCUUUGAUCCACAGGGUUCUGCUAUUGCUGUAACUCCAGAAAAUGAUGGUGGAAGGCAAUAUAAUGAUAACAACUGGCAUCAUAUAAGUGCAGUAAGAAAUCAAGCCUUGGGAACAAUAAUUAUAGAUGAGCAAUUCUCAGGUUCCUCAUCAGCUACAAGUGAUGGUACCAUUAUAGGAGAAAAUGCAGGCAUUUUUGUUGGAGGACUUCCACAAGACUUUAUAAUUGAAAGGAAAGACAUAGUCACAAAAGGAUUUGUGGGGUGUCUCCGCAAUAUCUUCUUGCAACAGAUGCACCAUCCCUAUGAAGUCUGGGAACCUUUAAAAUGGGAAAAAGCAGUGGAGCAAAGAAAUGUUUAUCACAAUUGGGAAGGUUGUCCUACUUGCCUUGAAGAUGGAGCACACUUUCUUGGGAAAGGUUUUCUAGAACUCCAUUCAAAUAUCUUUUUUGGUGGCAUGGAUUUUGAGAUCUCCUUUAUGUUUAAAACAGAUCAAUUCAGUGGAUUACUUCUGUUCAUUUACAACAAAGAUGGGCCUGAUUACAUUGCUGUAGAACUGAAAAGUGGAAGUCUGAUUUUCCUACUAAAUAAUGGCAUUGUCUCCACACAUGUGGAUCUCUGGUUAGGACUAUCUUACUGUGAUGGAAAGUGGAACAAGAUUAUUUUGUCAAAAAGAGGAUCGGUAGCUUCAGCAAAGAUGAAUGAAUGGACAGACCAUGUGAUGGAACCUGAUUUGGAACAGCUAUUUGUAAACUCUCCAGUCUACCUUGGAGGGACUCCAGUUGAGGUCCAGGAAGCAUUUAAAGAACUGGGCUUAGAAGAGGGUUUUGGAGGCUGCAUGAAGGAUGUUAAAUUUACACGAAGUGCUGUCGUUAACUUGGCAUCUGUGUCCAGCAGUGCUGUCAGAGUCAAUCUGGAUGGAUGCCUAUCAACUGACAGUGCUGUAAACUGCAGGGGAAAUGACUCCAUCUUAGUGUAUCAAGGAAAAGAGAAGCAUGUAUAUGAUAAUGGCCUGCAACCAUUUACAGAAUAUUUAUAUCGGGUAAUUGCUUCUAAUGAAGGAGGAUCUGUAUCUAGUGCCUGGAGCCGUAGCCGCACAAGAGAAUCAGUACCACAAAACGUGCUGACACUCUCAAGAAUUCACAGCAUAAAUGGUUACAGCAUUGAAGUUACAUGGGAUGAACCAGUUGGGGUCAAAGGUGUAAUUGAAAAGUACAUUUUGAAAGCUUCCACUGAAGAUGGUUCCAACAUAUCUGUUGUCAGUACAGAGAUUUCUAAUACUAGUUCAUGUACAGGUCUGCUGACAGGUUUGCGUCCCUUUGCAAACUAUGCUGUAACCCUAAUGGCUUGCACUUUGGCAGGCUGUACGGAGAGCUCACAUGCCUUGAACAUCUCCACUCCACAAGAAGCUCCAGGAAAUAUCCAGCCACCCACUUCUGUUUCAUUCCCCACAUCUUUAUGGUUGAGAUGGGCUCCUCCAGAAGAACCAAAUGGCAUAAUCACACAGUAUAUUUUAUAUAUGGAUGCUCAACAAAUUUAUACUGGAAAUGAAACCAGGUUUAUUGUCAAAGGGAUGAAAUUGUUUUCAACACUUCCUGUUUUGUUGGCCAGAAUCAAUACUGCUAAUUCAAAAUCAGACAAGGCUCCCACCCUGCAUCCAACUCCAAGAGACUAUACACCACCUAGAAAAGGAGUUGGUGGAAUCUGGUUUUCUAGUACAUUUGCAGUUAACAUUACCUGGCAGCCUAUUUUCGGUGCCAAAAUUUGGAUCACAAAGAACAAUCAUUGGAAUGAGAAUGUCUUUGAAGAUUUGCAAAGUGACUUUCUUUCUGCCUGCACUACAGGUGGAUGCACAAUCAGUGAAACUAUUUCAGUAAAAACAAUGAAAACUGGCCCAGAAGGGGUUCCAGCUCCUAAAGUCCAGUCUUUUUCCUCUGACUCUUUUAACAUUUCAUGGACUAAGCCAGAGUACAUGAAUGGAUUUAUUACUAGUUAUGGAUUGUACAUGAAUGGCAUUCUGGUGCAGAAUUCCUCAAAAGUGACCUAUUAUAUUUCUGGCCUUUCUCCUUGGAGUCUCCAUGCCUUCAGAGUUCAAGCAUGCACAUCAAAUGGCUGUGCUUUGGGCCCACUG